ACUUCUACAUACCCAGAAAAUUUAGUGAUGUGAAAUUCUAGUUAGUGGCAAAUCAAUACACAACUCGGAAAUCCAGUAAAAGGCAAUCACUGUGCUUCCUCUCUUCAGUCCUUAGCUCCAUCUAGUGUUACAGCUUUGGCUUUUGGAAGUCACAGCUCCAGCAAUCCACCUUCGGCAAGUGCCACACCACCACCUCCAACAAGAGAAUCGGAAGCACAAUGCUCGUUGCCCGCUCUCUUUUUAGAGUUGUCAUUCUUCUUACAGCAUCGAAUGCUCUCUCUAGGAAGAAGGCACUGCUGAAUGAUUCAGAAGUGCUGCUGUGGCUCUGCGGAUUGGAGUCAUGUGAUGCUGUCUCGACUACUGAGAUUGACUUGGAAUCGGUUGCAAACAUAGGAGCUGAUAUCUUGGCUGGAGUAGGUGGUGUGUAAAAACAAAGAGGAAAAAGAAAACCCCGGAAAAAUGAAAUAAUUAUAUUACA